ACAUCGGUAUUCUCAUUUGGAAUUCUGUUAUAAGAACAUGUCGUACCAUUCUGCUUGCAUCGUUCUACGAAAAGUUGAUGCGACAGCGACCGGCACUAUCUCAUUUACAAACACGUAGAAGCAUAUGUAUGAUAUCUACAGAUGCAUACACACGCUCAUAAAUCUUUUCUUAAUGCAAACAUUGAAAAAAAUACAUCGGGUGAUUUUUAAAUCAACGUAUAAUAAUUAUUUUGCCAACGUUACAUAUUACAUCUACGCGGAAUAAUGAAUUAUUUUAUAAUACUAUGUGUUUCGAUCAACGCACUAGAUACUGGAUAGUGGUGCCUUUCGCAGAAUAAACGAAAACUACUAUCAACGUCCUACGGUUAAUCAAAGUUAAACCGAUAAUGAAGAUCAAUUAUAGAUUCAUAUUCAACAAUUUUGUCGUCGGACAUAAAUAUCACAGAAAUUUUAGUAGCAUCAUAUUAAUUAAUAACAACAUUUACUGAGAAUUUAUAAUAAAUCUCUUGCAUAUUGACUGCGGAUUAAAUAUAACAAAUGGCUUAAAUCAGGAAUUUUUUACUGCUGUGAAUAAAUAUUGAUAUACCAACGAAGUUGGUUAUGUUAAAUACGUAGCGCGGAAGCUGUUUCACCAAGCACUUCAAAAAAGUAGCGGGGAUGGCGUACAUCAAAAUGCAUGUCGCACAAUACGAGUAGGGAAUGCAGCGUGGAAUCGGAAGAACGAGUUCCCAUUUUGCAACCAGAUGAGAAACUAUCGAAGAGACUGAAUAUUUUGACUGAUCAUUUUCAGUCGACGUACAAUGUCAAACCUUCGUUUUUCGUUAGAGUUCCGGGAAGAGUUAAUUUAAUUGGCGAACAUAUCGAUUACUGUGGAUAUGCUGUUUGCCCGAUGGCCAUUGAACAAGAUAUACUCGUUGCUGUAGCACUCUCAAAGGGCAAUGACAUUUGUCUUACAAAUAUAGACCCGAAAUACAAAUAUUUCCAAUGCAAUUUCAAAGACGUUAGUGUUUGCAUCAAGGACGCCGGCAGUGGUCCAGACUGGUACAAAUAUUUCCUCUGCGGUGUGAAAGGAGCUCUUGAAGUGAUCCCAGAGGAAUGUGCACCUUCGGGAAUCUUGGCUGCAGUUUGGGGUAACAUUCCUCCUAAUUCAGGGCUCUCGAGCUCUAGCGCGCUAGUUUCUGCCGCUGUUCUUGUGACUGUGCAUAUAAGCCAGUACCAAUUGCCGAAACGCGAGUUGGCUACCAUCAGCGCCAGCGCUGAGAGAUAUAUCGGCACUCAGGGUGGCGGAAUGGAUCAAGCGAUCGCGUUUCUCGGAAAGGCAGGUUCUGCAAUGCUAAUCGAGUUCAACCCCUUGCGUGGUACCGACGUCACGUUACCGAAAACCGCAGUGUUCGUAAUAGCACACAGUCAGGCUUGUCACAACAAAGCCUCCACAACGGAUUAUAAUCUAAGAGUUGCGGAAUGUCGAUUGGCAGCGCAGAUGAUAGCAAAGAAACGGAACAAACCUUGGGAACGUGUACAAAGAUUAAUCGAUGUCCAGGAAAGUCUUGGUAUGAGUGAAGAUGAAAUGGUCUCUGUUGUAACAACCGACCUCCACGAAAAGCCAUAUACUUUGAACGAGAUCAGCAAGAGCCUCGACACGACAAACGAGAGGCUCCGAGAAAUAUCGUUGGUGCAAUCCUUUGGCGAUGCGCAACCUUUUAAACUGAAGCAGCGUGCCCUCCAUGUGUAUCAAGAGGCGGCCAGAGUGGUCAAAUUCCAGCGUAUCAGCGAGGAAAGUGCCAUUACAGAAGACGAGAAGCUACGACAGCUAGGCAACCUAAUGUCCAACAGCCACGCCAGCCUGCGCAAACUAUACGAGUGCAGCCAUCCCAACGUUGACUCGCUCGUCGACAAAGCUAUGGCAUGCGAUGCAUUCGGAGCAAGACUCACGGGAGCUGGGUGGGGUGGUUGCAUAGUGGCCAUCACAACGAAAAACAAGGUUUCUCAAUUUGUGGAUAAGCUGAAAAAGGAGAUCGACCGAUGUGAGAUAAAAGACGAGUUCAAGCUAGGCGAUCUGGUCUUUCCGACGGAACCGAAUCAGGGUGCUGCAAUUUAUACAACCUAGUUGUCUUUUUCUAUUUUUUUCCACAUUCUUCUUACAUUUCAUAAGUCGUUGACCGAUCUAUUUACCAAACGUUCUCCUAAUUAUCUCUGCGAUCAUGUAAUAGUACAUGAACAAGGAGUGGAUAAAUUCAGUGUCAGGAUAAUCUGUACCCGGUAUAUCGUAUGCGAACAGUGCUUACUAUUUGUCGAUUAUGAUCCAUGAUGCCUUCUCGCGGCUAAUGGUACACCUACAGUUAACGAAAUUUAUAUGGCAGAUAUAUGAAAUUUUAAUAUUUUAUAAGUUUAUAAAAAAUAAUAUGAAAUAUACAAACGGAAGAUUAUACAAAUA